AUGCUCGUUCUCCGCCGCCUACCCCGCUAUGUGCCCCGCCUGGCGACCGUCCGCGCAUACGCAACCCCGGAGGCCGCUGUUGCUGCUGCGUCCGCACCUGGCCCGGUGCCAGCAGACACGUCCGCGGACGGCUCACCAGCGACGAAGGGCCGCACAAUGCGUCCACGGCCGAGCCUAGAGAACCCGCGCGAGUGGUGCCGACCGAUCGCGGAGGGCGUCGAACCCGCGUACGACCUCGCGCUGCAGUACAUUCUGGACGACGCCGCGGCGCUGGCGAAGGAGCUCGCGGAGGUGCGGAAGGUGCUGGCGGCGGAGGAGGGGAAGAAGGAGGGCGAACGCGACGCGGACGUGCUGGCUGCGUUGAGGGAGAAGGUUGGGAUCCUGGAGGUGCAGAGCGAGAUCAACCUGCCGGAGGUGCGGUGGAAGGCGAGGAGCGGGAUGGCGGACUUGACGAAGCCCGUAUUCAGGAGGCUCGUUGAGCAGAGGUGGAGAGAGGAGGGCGAUCUGGACUUGCUGAUGGAGCGACUGCACCAGAUGAAAGUUGUCCCGGAUAUGCUUCCAGAGCUUCACCCAUCCUUCGACCUUCGUCUUCACGCACUUCAAGUGCCUUCCUCUACGGGCAAGCGUAUGCGUGCACCCGUCGAACCUAGGAUGUCGGUCAUUGAGCCCGGAGUGUUCCUCCGCCCCCAAGACACUUUGGAGCCCCCAGAGCUAUCCAUGACCAUCUACCAUUCCGAUACACGUUUGUACACGCUCAUGAUGGUCGACCUGGACGUGCCCGACCCGGAGAGCGCGUCAUUCACGAGUUACUUGCAUUGGUUCCAGCCCAACAUCCCGCUCUCUCUGGCAACCAAGACCCCUCCCGUGCCGCUGAACGCGCACACACCCUACGUCCCGCCGCACCCGCAGAAGGGCACGCCCUACCACCGUUACGUCGUCCUCAUGCUCCCGCAGCGCUCGGCGACGGCGCCGCUCGACAUCCCCGUGUUCACCGAGGAACAGCGGCAAGGGUUCGACUACCGCGCGUUUGCGGAGGAGCACGGGUUCGACGGUGCGCUUGGAGGCGGGGCGCACAUGUGGCGCGCGGAGUGGAACGAGACGGUGUCGGACAUCUACGCGAACGUGCUCAAGAAGUCCGAGUCACGGUACGGGCGCAUGCCGAGGCCGGAUCCCUAUGCGGAGCUCAAGGCGAAGAAAAAGUACAUGUAG